UUACUAUAGGGGAGUAAGUUGUAUGAAUUCCGGUUCCGCUGUUCUGGCUUGGACGCCAUCUUGUCAGUUCUGGAUACCAGCUUCAGUACAUAGUUACACCUAAAUCUUGUCUCUCUCAUCCUUCUCUCUCUCUCUCCUUCUGUCACUAUCACUUUUGUGCUCUCUCCAUCUUUCUCUCUCAUUCUCUCAUUCUUACUCUACUCUCUUACCUUUUUAUCUUGUAUCUCUCUUUCUCUCUCGCUUUUGUGUGUGUUUUUGUUUACCAUCGUUUUUUUUCUUGAUUGUGAUUAGUCAUCACCAAUAAUCAAAUUUGGAUCAUCUUUAAUUAUUAUAUUAUCAACUAUAAAAUAAAACUGACCAGUUGAAUAUCAAAUUUGGAUUUACCAACUUACAUUUUUUUUGGAUAUCACUACAUACUCAUCUUUUCCCUUUGUCUCACCUUAUAAGCUAUGGCUCGUACCAAGCAGACUGCCCGUAAAUCAACUGGAGGUAAGGCUCCCCGUAAACAACUUGCUACCAAAGCCGCACGUAAAAGUGCCCCAUCAACCGGAGGUGUGAAAAAGCCCCAUCGUUAUCGACCUGGUACUGUCGCUCUGAGAGAAAUUCGUCGUUACCAGAAGUCUACAGAAUUGUUGAUCAGGAAAUUACCAUUCCAACGGUUGGUGCGUGAAAUUGCCCAAGAUUUCAAGACGGAUCUGCGUUUCCAAUCUGCAGCUAUCGGAGCUCUUCAAGAAGCGUCAGAAGCUUACCUUGUCGGUCUGUUCGAAGAUACCAACCUUUGUGCUAUCCACGCUAAGAGGGUAACUAUUAUGCCCAAAGACAUCCAAUUGGCUCGUCGUAUCAGAGGAGAACGUGCUUAAGCAAGGCUCUUCGAUUCAUUCAUUGCUUAAAUAUCUGUAUCAUCAACUAUUCCUAUAUAUUCAUGAUUCUAUUUCCAUCAAUAUCUAUUCACGAUUCUUUAUCCAUCAAUUUCUGUCUAUUUAUGGUUAGACCACUUUGCUCCUCAAGGAUCCUAUGUCUAAUUCUUAAAUACUUGAUGUAGUAAUCUAACUCUUGCAUAGAAGUUUACCGAUCAUAAAUUAAAUAAAUUGAAAACAAAAUUUGUCUUGCAGAUAAAUUCAA